AUGCUAGAGUCCGCCAUCAGCUCACCAAUGAACCACAAACACUACGGACAAACAGACAUUUUCCAGUUGGCUGGAGUCCUUGCUCAAAAGGUGAUUCUCAACCACCCAUACCAAGACGGCAACAAGCGGACUGCUCUUUUCGCCGCAGACAUGUUCCUCAAGAUCAACGGGUACCAGCUACAGAAAGAGCCCAUGGCCGAAGAAGACACUGAACUCAACAAUGGACUUGCCGAUGCCCAUGUUCUUGUUGCCACAAGCGAGUGGACGGCCGAGCAUCUGGGGAACUACUAUGCCAGCAUUGCGAAGCCAUUGGAAGAUGAGACUGAGGAGAUUAGAGAGUAUGGCAAGAACGCUGUGGAGUGCUAG